AUGGAAGAGAGGGAACGCGACUAUCAGCAGGCAAGGGAAAGGAUAUUUGGAGAACCAAGGGGAGAUAGCCAUUCCCGCAAGUCGUCGAGGAUAAUCCGAGCCCGGAGGCGUUACCAGCAACGAAAACAGGAACGAAGAGAGGUCUGCACAGCUAUAAUAUCAGCAGCUACGACGGAAAACCGAGCGUUUGCCGAUGUAUUGGUUGCAAAUCAUACAAUGCAGGGGCUACUUGACACGGGAGCAUCGAAGAGCAUCCUAGGAGACGGGUGUAUGGACCUGGUAAAGCGGCUGAAACUAGAAGUUUUGAAAGUGAGAUCAACAGUACAGACAGCAGGCGGUGCAACACACCGGAUAGCGGGUCGCAUAGAGGUGGACGUUUGCUAUAAACAGGAAACUCACCGCAUAUCAUUGCUCCUAUGUCCCUCACUGCGGCAAAAACUAUAUUUGGGAAUAGACUUUUGGCGGAAAUUUUCAUUAGCUCCGGACGUCGUAGGGGUAGGUGAAUUGUCGUCGAUUGAGAAUGAGUUCCAUGUUACGAGCGAACCGGUAGAACCACACGUCCUGUCUGAGGAAGAGAAAACACAGUUGGAGUUAGUGCAGGAUAAGUUUCUAACUUACGAAAGACACGGCAUGGGACUGACGGAAUUGGAAACGCAUUCCAUACAACUGGAGGCGGGAACAGUCCCAGUAAAGGAAAGGUUCUAUCCGGUGUCACCAAAAGUCCAGGAAUUGCUCUAUGCGGAAGUAGACGAAAUGUUGCGAUUAGGUGUAAUCGAGACUAGUGAAAGCCCAUGGAACAAUAGAGUUACUCUGGUCCAAAAACCUGGAAAAAACCGAUUAUGCUUAGAUGCGAGGAAACUCAAUAAGGUAACGAUCAAGGAUGCUUACCCAUUGCAGAAUAUAGAGUCGAUUCUGAGCCGCGUGGAUGAAACCAUUUACAUUAGCAGUGUGGAUUUAAAGCAUACGUUCUGGCAAAUUGAGCUGGACAAAAAAAGCAGGGAGUACACCGCAUUCACCAUCCCGGGAAGGCCGUUGUAUCAAUUUCGGAGGAUGCCGUUUGGUUUAUGUAACGCUGCUCAACGGCUAUGUCGACUAAUGGACCGGGUCAUCCCUCAGAAGCUCAGGAGCAACGUCUUUGUGUACCUAGACGAUCUGUUGAUUAUUUCGAAAACGUUCAAGGAUCAACCUCACGAUCGGGCUACACAAAUCCAAGUUCUGCUUCCGAUUCCUGAAGUAUCUGGGUUUUGUAAUCGGAGAGGGGUCCUUGAGGACGGAUCCAGGGAAGAUUCAGGCAAUAGCCAAGAUCCCAGUACCAAAGAAUUCAUCACCGAUCAUUCAAGUCUUCAAUGGCUCAUGACGCUAAAAGACCUAAACGGACGAUUGGCGCGGUGGUCGUUGGCGUUACAGGCAUAUGAUUUCCAAAUAGAGCACCGGAAGGGGAAAGAUAACGUGGUGGCAGACAUGUUGUCCCGUAUCCCGGAGGUAGAAGGCAUUGAGGUGUUCGAUUUUGAAACCAUUGAAUUUGAAAGUCCCGAGUAUCUGGAAAGAAUCCAAACGGUGAAGGAAAAUGCCGAGCAGUUUCCAGAUUUAGUGGUGGAAGACGGGCUCUUGCUCAAGCGAAUACAAUUUGUGACCGGGGACACACAGGAAUUUCCGUGGAAGCUGUGGAUUCCGGAAGUGUUAACAAAUACUUUAAUCCAGCAAGCACACAACAGCGAUACCGCGAUGCAUGGAGGCAUAGGUCGCACGCUUAACAGGCUUAGGCAGUUCUACUACUGGCCCAAGAUGGCAAUCCAGGUGAAAAACUACGUUAAAGACUGCAACAUCUGCAAGGAAACCAAGCACACAACCCAGAUGACUAGGCCGAAAAUGGGCAAACAAACAAUCACCUCACGGCCCAUGCAGCAGCUGUAUAUGGAUUUCCUGGGAAAAUAUCCACGGUCAAAAAGGGGCAACUGCUACAUAUUGGUAGUGCUGGAUCAUCUGACGAAGUUUGUUUGGUUAAAAGCAAUGCCAAAAGCGACAGCAGACGCAGUCGUCAGAUAUCUGGAGUCGGAAAUAUGGCAUGAGUUUGGUGUUCCAGAGGUAAUACUCACCGACAACGGAGUCCAGUUUGUAGCAAGCCGGUUUCAAAGUUUCCUGGAGAAGUAUCAAAUUCGUCAUAAGAGGACCGGCAGGUAUGCUCCACAGUCGAAUGCCUCAGAGCGCGUGAACCAAUCCGUACUUGCAGCUAUUAGGAUCCAUGUAGGGGAAGACCACACACGUUGGGAUGACAAGAUAGUCGAGAUUCAAGGUUCUCUGCGGAGUGCCGUCCACAACAGCACUGGUGUCUCCCCAUACUUUGCCAUGUUUGGCCAACACAUGUUCCUGAGCGGGCAAGAUUAUAGGAUAGCCCGAAAACUAGACGCCGUAAACGACGCCCAGAUAUAG